AUGUUUCGUUCAAAGUUGUUACUUAGACAUGCAAAGCUUUCCCUUACCGGCUUGUCUCCUAAAGUGCUGCCAGCAAUACGACUCCAACAUCGACUCUAUACAUCAAGCUAUAACAGGCAUGUGGCUGGCCUGACUGAUGAAGAGAAUACGCUUCGCGAGACAGUACAUGAGUUCUGUAAUAGAGAACUUGCACCAAGAGCAGCUGAAAUUGACAAGUCAAAUGAAUUUCCUAAGGACAUGUGGCCCAAAUUCGGUGAAAUGGGCUUGUUAGGCAUUACAGCGCCAUCAGAGUAUGGUGGGUUAAACCUGGGAUAUCUCGAGCAUACAAUUGUGAUGGAAGAAAUUUCUCGAGCAUCCGGAUCGGUUGCGCUCUCGUAUGGUGCCCACAGCAAUUUAUGUGUCAACCAAAUAGUACGUAAUGGGAAUGCAACCCAAAAAAAGAAUUAUUUACCAAAGCUUAUUUCAGGCGAACACGUUGGAGCGCUUGCCAUGUCGGAAACGGGAUCAGGCUCGGAUGUGGUAUCGAUGCGACUAAAGGCUGAAAAGAAAAGUGAUUAUUAUGUUCUUAAUGGUAAUAAAAUGUGGAUUACAAAUGGACCCGAUGCUGACGUAUUGGUCGUCUAUGCUAAGACAAACUUCGAAGCGGGUGCACAGGGAAUAACGGCGUUUCUUAUAGAGAAGGGAUUCAAGGGCUUCUCGACCGCUCAAAAACUUGACAAGCUUGGUAUGCGAGGAUCAAACACGUGUGAGCUUAUAUUUGAUAAUUGUGAAGUUCCUGCUGAGAAUGUUCUUGGUGGAGAAGGGAAGGGAGUUUACGUUUUAAUGAGUGGUCUUGAUCUGGAAAGGCUGGUUUUAGCUGGUGGACCUUUAGGGUUGAUGCAAGCCUCUCUUGAUAUUGUCUUGCCUUAUACCCACACUCGCAAUCAAUUCAACAAACUCAUUGGUCAUUUUCAACUCAUUCAAGGGAAGCUUGCAGACAUGUAUACAAAGCUCAACGCAUCCAGAACAUACGUGUAUUCCGUAGCCAGAGCGUGUGACGCCGGGCAUAUAUCAAACAGAGAUUGUGCGGGUGUAAUCCUUUAUGCCGCCGAACGUGCAACAGAAGUUGCAUUAGAUGCAAUACAAUGUCUGGGUGGAAAUGGUUAUAUUAAUGAUUAUCCAACAGGAAGGCUUCUACGAGAUGCCAAACUGUAUGAGAUUGGAGCAGGGACAAGCGAAAUUCGACGCCUAGUAAUAGCAAGGGAAUUCAACAAAGAGUACGGAGAAAGUUCUUAA